AUGAGUAAAACUGUAAUCAUCAUAAGGUCUAUUUAGAUAUAUAUUAAUAAGUUUUGUGGGAGACUAAUGAAAGAAAAGUUUGUAUAAAUUCUGAUAAUUUUUAAAAGGCUGUAUAAUGGAUAGAAAACACUUUAUGAAAUUCAAAUUAUUUCAGUAUUGUAAACAUGUAUUAUAGAUUUAUUGAUAAAUUUGAUUAACUUAAAGCUAUUGUUAAUAAAAGUAAAUAAUAAUUCUUAUAUUAAAUGAAUAGAAUCUCAAUAAAGUCGAAGAUGGUGUCUAUAAAUUCUCAAUUCUUACCAAUGAUUUAUUGCAAAGAAUUAAUUUAGAUAGAGAUCGUCCUCCAAUUAAACUUCAAUAAUUGAAAUAUACUUUAAUAAAUUUAGAUGAAUCAUUAAAAUUAGAAUAACGAACUUAAAGUAGCAAAUUGAUAUUAGAUAGAAAAGUUACAAUAAGUAUGAAUGAUAUUUUAAUCCUAUUUAAUAUUAUUGACUAGAUAUAUAUUAUAUGA